GGACUUAUAGGUCAUUGAUUAUGUCUACUGAUCUGCAAAUGAACUAGUGGGUUUCUCUCCUCAGCCAAACCAGGUGGGUCUUGGAAAAACAUAUAGCUAUGCGAGUGGACACCUGCGCUGCCAUAGCAGCUGCGAACAGUGUGAUAGUGGCACAAGUGCCUGGAUUGGGUGCCAGUAUAUGCAACAGGGGAAUCUUAUCUGCCUCAGCCCUGGUCAGCCGCCCAUGCCUGCGACCUUUCUUCUCCCCGGCUGUUUUGGUCCGCUACUCGUGUAGACUACACCAACUGUUCGCUCACCAUACUCCUUCAGGGUAUGGCAGAAUUACCAGGUGACUUGAGAAGGCAGGAAAAUGUAAAAAUAUCACCGCGUCGACUGGAAGAAACCUAACUCACAAGACCACUUCGGCAUAACCUGGACGUCAGUGUCGGUUAUUGUAUGUUCCAAUCGGCCUCUCUGACAUGGC